AUGCCUUCAGUGCUAUAAUUGCUCUAGCAUUGCUGAUGCUGACGAAUGUUUGACAAUAACAGAGUGCCGUGCUGGGCAGUCUUGUUACAUGGAAUCUAAAGCAUCUGGACAAGCAAACACCCUAGGCUGUACAGAUAAUCAGCAAUGUGGUGUUACCGGAAAUGUCGCUGGUAGUUUUGUUGGUCGAGACCUUAGUGGAAGGCAAGCACCUGACUGUCAUGAAUGUUGUAGUACAGAUACCUGUAACAAGAACCUCUGUGAACACCUGAAACCUGGAAGAUGCAUUGACGACGUGAAAGUUGAUUGUGCUUGGAUGAAUUCUUUUCUCAAUAUAUGCAAGGAUAUUCAUCAUGCAAAGUUCAUCUGUCCCAAAUUCUGUUCUCUCUGCUCAUUGGUUGAUGGAAAUUGGGGUAGCUGGUCUCCCUGGUCGACUUGUGAUGUAACAUGUGAAAACGGGACUCAGACUAGAACACGAACAUGUACUGACCCUGCCCCUGCGGAUGGCGGACUUGACUGCAUCGGAUCUAGUACGGACACUAAACCAUGCUUAAAGCAACUUUGUCCAGUACACGGAGGAUGGUCUAAAUGGUCGAACUGGGACACUUGUUCUGUGACAUGUGGUGUUGGAAUAGAAAAACGGCACCGGAACUGCUCGAACCCUGUACCAGACAGGAACGGGUACCCAUGUUUUGGUGAUACAUUAGAUGACAGAAUAUGUUUACCAGGUCCAUGUGCAAAUGGCGGCUGGUCUGACUGGGGACAGUGGAGCACGUGUACAGUGACAUGUGGAGACGGUAUACAGUCUAGAUCACGAACAUGUACAAAUCCUCGCCCCUCGCCUCUGGGGAAAAACUGUGAGGGAGACCCGUUAGAAAAUGUUUCGUGUAGGAAAGAUACCUGUAUUCCGAAUAUCGUGUUCAAAGCUAAAGGCGUCACCGAUAUAACACCUACCAGUGGACAGACUAUGAUCUUUGGAACUACACUCGUGAAUGAGGGACACGCCUACAACACAUCGACUGGAAUCUUCACAGCGCCUGUCAAUGGCACUUACUCUUUCAGUGCACAAAUGUGUGCUUAUAAUCGAAAAGGAUUGUACAUAGCUAUUAUAGUAGAUGGAGUUACCUAUGCUACUAUAUUCUUAUAUAAAACAGACGCGGUCGCAUGUGAUACAGCAGAUACAGUUGCUGUGCUUCAUGCACAAUCAAAAGUCUGGGUCAAGUCUACUGAAACUACUUCAGGAAACGCUGUCUUUGAAAAUAGUGAAUUUAUGAACUCCUUCUCGGGAUAUCUUGUACACCAGUAG